GUGGGCGGGUGAUCGAUCGGCCGUGCAGUCGCGCCGUUGGAGACAGAGGCUGAGGGUGGUGGGUGCGAGAUCGCUGAUGGAAGAGGCGAAGGGGCCAAACGGGUCGUUGAUGGCGGGUCACGGCCCGGAGAGCUGGCUUUCCCGUUGGGAACGGCAGUGCCUGGAGGAGGACGAACGACAGGGGCUCGAGAACGGGGCCGGGGGCACGGAAACAGACGCUCAGAGGCAGCGGCUGUGGCUGUCAUUCCAGAACUCGGCGAGCGCCAUCGCCCAGCUUUAUAAAGAGCGAGUGUGCGAGCAGCCGCUGGGCAUCCAGAGUCUGUGGAAACCAUUUCAGGCUGCGGCUACCUCUGUCACCUGCCUGUACAAAGAUGGGCUUGAAAUGUACAGAACAAGCUUGGAUUUGGGUGUGCAGGGAGGUUAUCAAAGGCGAAAUAAGGAAAUGUUGGCCUGGGCAAAAAAGAGGAGACACAUCAUCCAUCGCGAGGACUUGCUCAGCUUCUUGUGCAGAAAAUCACCACCUUCAAGAAGCAGCAGACUGACUCCGCGGCUAAACAUUCCUUCUGCAGGACUGGGAGUGCAGGAGGAUUCCGGCAGGACUGCUGAGAGUGACUUGCAGGCAUUUACUGAUGCUAUUGCAGUGCAUGGCCUCAGUGGGGCCAUGGCCAACGUCAGCAUGCGCUCAGGACCACCUGAGUCCCCAUCACAUACAGGCAGCAAUUCUGCCUCAGCACGUAGGCGCAACAGCCUGCAGGACAUGGACCUAAAUAGCUUUAUUGCUGAAGAGAUGGCCCGGCACUUGGAGAGCUCAAGAAAGAGGGCUCCAGCCCAGUGUACCGAUGUUAUCACCGAGCCACCCAGUCACAAACGAAGCCGGAUGCUUUGAUGGGACAUAAGAGCAAGCUCCCAAAUGACUGGAGGUGAUUCCGCAGCAGGCACCCAGGCAGGUGGGAUGGGCAGAGUAGGAACCAAAACAGCAAGUAAAGCUUUGGCCAAACUGGAGUAAAUCUUUAUUGAAUAAAAGUGUAUUAUGUCACCACACACUCAUACUUGACAAUGCAAGUUAAGAGUACAUUUUGAAGGGCACCGCCAAGAUUUAUGUCUGCAUAUUGCCUGCCUAGUGCAUUAUACGUCGUUUGUACUUUUCUUUUGGCACUUUAUUUAAUGGAAGUUUAAAGACUGGCUCAUCAGGACCUGACCUUUGAUCCUCUGCCUUGGUGCCUGUGCACACCAGGCAAUAAGCCAGCCCUUCCUUCCUGAUGUUGGUGUUGUGCGUUAUUCUGUAAACCAGGAAAUUAGACCUUAAAUAUGAAGGUAAACAAUUUUCCGGGUAUGUUUUUUAUGGUGGCAUAGGAAUGGUACAUGGUUAGAUCACUUCCACCCUGAGCUUUGAGACUAAGUGUGCAAAGACUAGCUGUUAAAAUUGUUGCACUCUGGCUUAUCCCAGAAUUGUGUGCCCACUUUCUUGUGUUCCUUCAUGUCUCCACUUAAAAUGUACAUUUUCCUUAAACUUGCAUCUCAAAGAUUCAUAGUCUUAAGGGUGUUGUACACGCGGUAUAACAGUGAUUCUGGGGAAAGCCGUGCAUCAGCGUUCCAACUAUUGCAAGGUCAGAGGAUUGCGUAAUGGUUUAAAAGUGUGAAUUGUAUUUGUUUGAAUUGUGAAAUACAUCGAAUUGCAAUGCUGUGGCAAAUCACAGUUGUGAAUCCAUUAAAUAAUGAAGCAGCAAAACUCAACUUGUUCAGUUUCUCC